CAAACACCCCUAAACUCCACCUAAACUCCACUGGCGCGGCUUCGGCGUAAAACCCUCGCCCAAAAACCCCUAUAGACACCUUUUGGAUUUCUGUUUCUGACGAUUUUUUCGUACAAAUCUGAAAUUUGAGCAGCGUCUCCUUUGUUUUUUGUAUCGCUAAGAUGGAAUUCUGGUACGAAGAUUGCAAAUCGUUGUUGGAACAAGUUAAUCUUCAAGAGAAGGAGCUUAGGAACAAGAGAAGGUGGUUAAUCGGAUUACCAACAUCCGGAAACGAAGCUGGCAAACUAAAAGAAUCUAAAUCUCAACCUGAAAGGCCCAUACCUGAAUACCUACUUAGGGAAGAUGAUGUAUUCUAUGAAACUAUAAGAUCUUUUGUCAAAAAGCUAGUUGAAGAACCUGAAUCCAAAAACAAAUACCAAAUUCUUCAUGAUGACAUGCAACUUAUUCAUUCACCUACAGACAUUACAACUCUUCUAUUCCUAAUGGAUGACAUGACAAAUCAAGGCCUUUUCCAAUUUGCCAAACUACUGACAAGUGGUUCAAUUAAAUUUGAAAAAACCCGUUGGAAAAUGAAACAAAUCAUCAAACAACACCUCUUGAAAAACAACACCCCAAAGAUAAAACUAUCUAAUGAUCAUUUAUCAGUACUCAAGAAUCCGCAAAAUUUCCGUUGGAAUCCUGAAUCCCGUUUCAUUCCCGAUUCCGGUUCUUCCCAUUCCGCUGUUCAUAAGAUACUUAGCGUACUCGAAGAUUUACCCCCUCAAACUCUUUCCGCCAUGCAUCGAAAACUCCGUGGUAUCAAAGAUUACAUUCCGAAGUUAAUCUCAAAAAGAUCCGGAUGGAAUCGCGACGUGUUGAUCAAACGUUUGAGAGAAAAGUGUUUAGGGUUCCUUUCGAAACUUAGUGAAGGAGAUUCAUUACAAGAACCAUUAGCAAAAGCAAUGGAAGUUGCAGGGUUGACUUUAAAGUUGAUUCAAGGACAUCACUAUGCAACCAACUUCAUUCAAUUUUCACCCGAAAUUAUCUCUCUUCAAAACGAGAUUGCAAUGUGUAUCAAACUAGUUGACCAUAUUGAACUAAAACUUUUAAAGAAAAUACAAAUUAUAAUCGACCCUGAUGUGAAAUUAUCUGAUUCGUCUAUACGGGUUAAGAAUUUGUUGAUGGAAUAUCUUUUAGAGUGUAGUGAUAUUGAGAACAUUCCACAGUCUUUAUUUAAAGUUCUUGCUAUUAUAAAGAAAAGUCCUAAAGGUAAAAAUAAACGUAUGGUGGAAAUGAAAGUAGAUGAAGAAGUGGAAUGUAUUUUGAACGUUAGUGCUUCUAUGAAGCAAGUUUUGUGGGAUGUGAUCCCGGAAGAUGAUUUUGACCUAGAGUUUGCUGAUGUGUACAUGGAGGAUCAUGGAGAAAGUGAUGGUGAUGAUAUUUGUGAAGAUAAUGAACAACAUAUGGAAAAUAAUGUGUCUAAUUUCAGUGAUUUCAAUGAAGAAGUAGGAAGUACCGAGGAGAUUGAGAUCAAACUGUCUAAUUCCGAUUCCAUGGCUGGAAUCAGUUCGAUGGAAUCGGAUUCCUUGAAUAGUUUGAAAGUUACAAAUUCAAUGCCAUAUCACUUGGUGAGUUUUGGAAAUAUGGAUACGGAUCGAGUUUGUGAUAAAGAUUUAUGUUUGGAAAGGAAUUUGGUGUUUGAUGAUGAUAGGGGUAUUUGUGGAAAUCGGUACCUUGGUGUACAAGUUGCUAGUGAUGUGGUGAGUAUGGUGGCGUAUCGUGUCAUUGGUCGUAUGUUGGGUGAUUUUGCACGAAUGGAAGGAUGUGAACUGAAUUCCAGUGAUUUAUGCUAUCUUGAAAGUGGAAGCAAUGAUUUAAAUAAAAAAUACAGUAAAGCUGCGAGAAAAGAAAAAACUACUCCUGAGGAAUAUGACUGUUCAAUCAUGAUUAAGGCAGUAGAAGAGCUAAUUCCCUCUUUUCCUAAAAGUGAAGCAGAUAGACUAAAGGAAUUGAUGGGUUGUAAAUAAGCCUCUAAGAAAGAAGCUGAUGACGAAUCUAUACUUUUGGUACAACAUUUGAGGAAUCAGGAACAAUUUUGUGAUGAUUGACAUGUAAAUUUGGAAAUGAUUAAACAUAAUUUGCUCAGGGGCGUGUAGUUUUGUCCAUAAAUGGAAAUGUGCUCUUUCUUUUUACUUGAUAGACUUAAUAGAGGCAAACUUUAUUUGGU